AUGGUCGAAAAAUUUGGACUUCAAACCAAUAGUUGGGUGUUGAAGACAUAUGAGAAGCGUCAUAUGUGGGCUGAGGCAUAUAUGCGUGGACAUUUCUUUGCUGGGAUGAAGAGCAGUCAGCGCUCGGAGUGUAUGAAUGCUUAUUUCAAUCCUUUCCUCCAACACAAAUUGAAGCUAUAUGAAUUUGUUAGGCACUAUGAUCGGGUUCUUGCAAGGAUAAGGUAUAACGAGGCUGGAGAUGAUGCUGAAACAAAUAACACUUUUCCGGGGAAGUUGAAUGUCAAGGACGUGUUCCCUUUGCCGGAUGGUCAGAAAUGUUACUAUAUUCAUAAGUACAAAGUGAAGGACAGAUCAUGGAUAGUAACACACAGUCCAAUGGAUGCUGUAAUGAGAUGUUCUUACAUGAAGUUUGAGUCGUUGGGCCUACCUUGCUGCCACAUGAUAUGUGUUAGGAAAGCUAAAAAUUUAACGCAAAUUCCCUCAACUUGUGUGCUACAUAGAUGGACAAGGGCUGCAAGCAAGGAUGGCCAGUAA